GGAAGCCCAGUCGAUGCGCACUGAAAAGGGACCUGUUUUUGUUUUUAUUUUCGGUUUUCGCUUGCUUCUGUCUGGCGGCCGUCAUUUCCCCUUUUGCUUCAAUAGUCUGACUUCGUACCGGAUUAUCUGUUGUUUAUUUUGUUUGUAGCGCUCGGCUGUACUUACUCAGUCCGGGACACGCUAGUUUUUCUCACACACUGGGACCUGACGCGGCCCUGACAGGCCUCACUCCCACAUACGGGCUGGAGCUCAGGCCUUAUCCAGCUGGCUAUAUAGAUACACGAAAGGCCAAUAGAAACCACCGGCAGAAAGAAACGUUUUGGCUGCAAUUCACCCUGAGAAAUAAGGCUGUGGCAAUCCAAGCUGCCCACAUGCCAUAAGCCUAAAGAAGGGGGUACACAGACACAAUGGAUACCGACCUCAGCCCCCAGGACCGGAAGGACUUGGACAAGUUUAUCAAAUUCUUUGCGCUAAAGAGCGUUCAGGUGAUUGUACAAGCUCGACUCGGAGAUAAGAUCUGCACUCGCUCCUCCUCAUCUCCUACAGGCUCGGACUGGUUCAACUUGGCCAUCAAGGAUAUCCCAGAGGUGACCCAUGAAGCAAAGAAAGCUCUAUCAGGGCAGCUGCCUGCAGUGGGACGUUCCAUGUGUGUGGAGAUUUCUCUGAAGACAUCAGAGGGAGAUUCCAUGGAGCUUGAAGUCUGGUGUCUGGAAAUGAAUGAAAAGUGUGACCGAGACAUUAAGGUCUCCUAUACUGUAUAUAACAGAUUGUCAUUGCUGCUAAAGUCAUUACUUGCUGUCACCAGAGUGACCCCAGCUUACAGACUCUCCAGGAAGCAAGGACAUGAAUAUGUCAUUCUAUACAGGAUUUACUUUGGAGACGUUCAGCUCCUCGGACUUAAGGAAGGUUUCCAGGCUGUACGGGUUGGAACUGUUGGAACACCAGUCGGAACACUCACACUUACAUGUGCCUACAGAACCAACCUGGCUUUUAUGUCAACCAGGCAGUAUGAGUGGACCCAGCCCAUCAUGGGGAUUAUAAUUGAUCACUUUGUUGACCGACCCUUCCCCAGCACCUCACACAUGCAUCCCUGCAACUACAGGGGCGCUGAAGAGCAAGUGCUUACCUACCCUGCAGUGGAGGAGUCUCAAGAAGUCUGCACAACAUCGUUUUCCACUUCCCCUCCUUCACAGUGUGUGUUCACUGUAAGUAAGGCACAGUGUCAGACAGUUACUCCUGUGGUGACGGACUCUCUCAGGGUCCUGACGAUGGGACAAGCCUUCUCACAUCAACUCUGCAGCUCUCGCCUCUCCUAUCAACCAGCUGUGCCAGGAGCAGGACCCUCCGAACUGGGUUACCCAGUGGCCUUGGCUACUGGAGUGAGCGCAGGCCAUCCGCACCAGAUGAUGGCACCAGGAAAAGAAAGCGGUUUGCCUGCUGUUAGUGUUCAGCCUGCCCACGGAAACCAGGCAGAGCAUGACCGGACCCUGUCUGUGUCUCCCGCCAAUGUAGCAGGGACAACAUCCAGCAGCGAGGAAGCAGACUCCCCCUCAGGUAGCAGCACCACUGGGGCAAAAAGCUCGCCCAACAAGAACACCCAUGUACUAUUUACAAGGAAAGUGGGAGCUUUUGUUGAUAAACCUUCCCCCCAGGUCACCUAUGCCAGUACUGAUAUACCGUUUGCCGUGUUUGUGCCAAAGCUUGCAGACAAUGAGGACACUGACCCUAUGGUUGUCUACCCUGAGACCCCCGAAGAGGAGUCGCCUGAAGCCAGGAGCCUGCACAGUUCCUGUUCCAGCAGUGGGACACCCCAAGAUGAUUUUGUGAUGGUCGACUUUAAACCUGCCUUCUCCAAAGACGACCUUCCCAUGGAUGUGGGGACCUUCUACCGGGAGUUCCAGAACCCCCCACAGCUAAGCAGCUUAUCCAUAGAUAUCGCUGUGCAGUCGAUGGCAGAGGACUUGGACUCUCUGCCGGAGAAACUGGCCAUGCACGAAAAGAACAUGAAAGAGUUUGAUGCAUUUGUUGAUUCUCUGUAGACAGGUGGGGGCUACAGCCUGUAUAAACUUGUUCCCCUCAAUCCUGAACUGUCUGCCGCUCCCUAUACUGACACCACACUUGGAUCUGUUAUUUAUGCCCCCCCCAACCCCAGCCAAACACCUGUCUAUUCAAGUAGCCCAGCUGCCAUUGUUACAGGACCCAAAUGGGGGCGUCUCUCCUAAUACCUGCCUUUAUAAAGGCUAAAUAGCACCUUACAGCUCUCCAUUACUCUACUGUUGGACCUGAAUUCAGGGCUGGCCCAGUUGUUCUUCAGACAUAAGAAGCUGGAUUUGUCAUUAGGCCCUGGGUAAGUCGGCAGUGCUCACAGGCCUCGAGCCUUCGGCUGCACCUCACGCAACCUGUUUUUCUGCUGUAAAUAGAAUCUUUUGCUCUGAGUUUUGGACAUCAACGUGUCAGACACCCGUCUAUCUGUCCCACUUGCUGAGCUGCUUGCUGACCUUCAGGACUCCUUACCUGCUGAAUGGACCGUACCAUAAUAAGGGGGGAUCAUCACAGUUAAGCUUUUCCUACAAAGAUAGCCUUGUUUUUACACCAUGAUAGAAUGCUGGCUGUUUUUCACUCUGUGUAUGAGCCACUGUCUGUCUCAAAGCCUAAAAAAGACUACAGCUGGGGGAAAGGAGGGGGUUUGUUUUUACAGAGGGCUUCUCAGUAGGCUGGUAAUACAUAGUUAACAGCUCAUACGAACCUGGAAGUUGGAAACUUUUUGCAAAAAGUAUGCUCUGCCCCAGGGGCUGUUCAUUAACCAAUGUUAAAAAGCGGGUAAAAUGCCCCUUAUAAUUUUGAUAUCAUGUAAAUGGUGAUAUUCUGCAA